AUGAUCCAGCUGGAGGUAAACAACUGCAUCAUCGAGGAGACUCUCGCACUCAAGUUCGCGAAUGCGGCCGCUGGAAACAAUCCAGAAGCAGUAGAAGUAACAUUCGCAGAUUUUGAUGGGGUCCUCUAUCAUAUUUCAAAUCCAAAUGGAGACAAAACAAAAGUGAUGGUCAGUAUUUCUUUGAAAUUCUACAAGGAACUUCAGGCACAUGGUGCUGAUGAGUUACUAAAGAGAGUGUAUGGGAGUUUCUUGGUAAACCCAGAAUCAGGAUACAAUGUCUCUUUGCUAUAUGACCUUGAAAAUUUGCCUGCACCCAAGGAUUUCAUUGUACAUCAGGCUGGCAUGUUGAAACAAAAUUGUUUUGCCUCUGUCUUUGAGAAAUACUUCCAGUUCCAAGAAGAGGGCAAGGAAGGAGAGAACAGAGCAGUUAUCCAUUGGGAUGAUGAGACCAUGUAUAUUGAGUCUAAAAAGGACAGAGUCAUAGUAGUUUUCAGCACAGUGUUUAAGGAUGACGACGAUAUGGUCACUGGAAAGGUGUUCAUGCAAGAGUUCAAAGAAGGACACAGAGCCAGCCCCACAGCCCCACAGGUCCUCUUUAGCCACAGGGAACCUCCUCGGGAGCUGAAAGACACCAAUACUGCUGUGGGUGACAACAUUGACUAUAUUACCUUAUUGCUGUUCCCUCAUCACACCAAUGCCAGUGCUUGCGACAACACCGUCAACCUGAUCCACACGUUCCGUGACUACCUGCACUACCACAUCAAGUGCUCUAAGGCCUAUAUUUACACACGUAUGCGGGCAAAAACAUCAGACUUCCUCAAGGUGCUGAACUGGGCUCGCCCAGAUGCAGAGAAGAAAGAAAUGAAAACAAUUACAGGGAAGCUGUUUUCAUCACACUAA